AUGAAGCCCGUCUCUGCCCUUCUUUUCGCCUCCGGCGCCUUCGCGGCCGCCGUCCUCAAGAGGGACAUCAACGAACCUCUCGCGGGCAAGAUGAUUGACUCGUGGAUCCAGAACAACAACGAGCCCCAGCGCGAUUACUGGUACGGCCGCGCUGCUCUCUACACGGGUGUCGAGUCCGUCUACGAGUUGACCAAGAACGAGACCCUUCUCGCCUGGUACCGUUCUCGCAUCGACGGCCUCGUCGUCGCCGAGAACGGUACGAUCCCUGGCUUCCGUACCGAUCACUACUCUCUCGACGACUACCGCAUCGGCCGCAACAUCCUCUACUGGUACCAGCGCACCGGCGAGGAGAAGUACAAGAUCGCGGCCGACACCAUUCGCGGCAUGCUCGAGAGGCAUCCCCGCACCCCUACCGGUGGUUUCUGGCAUCGCUCCCCGACUUACAAGAACCAGAUGUGGCUGGACGGCAUCUACAUGGCUGAUACCUUCUACGCUCACUACACAUCUCUCUUUGAUGCCGACAACACCACCGCGUGGGACGAUAUUGUCCUUCAAUGGGACAAGAUCGAGGAGAUCAUCCGUGACCCCGAGACCGGCCUUCUUUUCCACGGUUUCGACGAAGGCAAGGAGGCCGUCUGGGCCGACCCCGAGACCGGCGCCUCCCCUCUAAUCUGGAACCGCGCCGUCGGCUGGUACUUCAUGUCCCUCAUCGAGGUCCUCGACCUUUUCCCCAAGGAGCACGCCGGUUACGAGCGCCUUCUCGGCUACUACACCACUCUUGCUGCCGCCCUCAAGCGCGCCCAGGACCCCACCUCCAACGGCUGGUGGCUCGUGAUGAACGAGCCCUACCCGGGUAAGGAGGGCAACUACUUCGAGAGCUCCUCCGCCGCCAUGUUCACUUGGGGCUGGCUCGCUGGUCUCCGUCUCGGUUACAUCGACGAGGCCACCUACCUCGAGCCCGCCACCAAGGCCUACACUCAUCUCGUCACCGACUUCAUCACCAAGCAGUGCAACGGUACCAUCACCUGGACUGAUACCGUUCAGGUCGGUUCAUUGAACAGCGACGCGUCUUUCGAGUACUACGUCGGAAUUCCCGUUGUUGACAAUGACACUCGCGGCGUUGGUCCCUACCUCCUCGCCGCCUAUGAGUGGGAGCUCCGAAACAACAUUUCCGCAUAA